UGCACCUAGCGGAGUGCUCAAUCCAUCGACCGCUCGGUUCUCCUGUCGCCUGAAUCUUCACUCGGUGCAGACAUGCCCAGUAUCGCCGGCAGCGUCCCCAGCCGGACCUCCUUCUCCAGUCUGUCGGCGCAGAGCGGCUCCUGGUUCACCGGCAGGCGCUCGCUGGUGCCCGGCUCCGGCUUCCGCUCCAGCUCCAUCCACGGCGGCAGCAUCAGCUCGUCUGCCGCCCUCCUGAUGUCGGCGGCGGUGGCCGAGCCCCGGGGCGAGAAGGAGACCCUGCAGGAUCUGAACGAGCGGCUGGCCCGUUACCUGAACAUGGUGCAUUCGCUGGAGACCAGCAACAGGGAGCUGGAGGUGCAGAUCGGAGCGAUCCUGGAGGAGAGGAGAACCACCGAGCGGGACAUUAAUCCCCUGCUGGCUCAGGUUCGCGAUCUCAACAGACAGAUCCACGAUCUCACCCUGGGUAAUGCCGCCAUCGUGCUGCAGAUCGACAAUGCCAGGCUGAGUGCAGAGGACUUCAGGAUGAAGCUGGAGUCUGAGUCAAUUGUCCGUCAGGCUGUGGAGAACGAUGUCGACCGUCUCAGGCGCGUCAAGGGGGAGUACGAGGUCAAUGCCGCCUCCCUGAGGAAUGAGACUGACCUGCUGACUGAAGAAGUUCUGUUCCUGAAGAAGAACCAUGCGGAGGAACUUGAUGGACUGAAAGCACAGCUGAAGACCGAGAGGGUUUCUGUGAGCGUGUUUUCUGGUAAGGAACCAGAUAUCUCUGACCUCGUGGCAAAGAUCAGAACUGAGUAUGAGGAGUUAAUAGCAAAAAACAAAGCCAAUGCUGAAGCCUGGUACCAGUCGCAGAUAGAGGUUGUGAGCACCGAAUCUGAGCAGAAUACAAAAGCACUGGACGAUGUAAAAGCUGAAAUCACCAUUAAGCGGCAAACGAUACAAGGUCUGGAGAUGGAGAUGGAAACUCUGAAAGCACAGAUCGCAGGAUUUGAAAAUAUGUUGGGUGAAACGGAGUGCAGAUAUGGAGCAGAGUUUGAAAAGCUGCAGUUAAUUAUCUCACAACGUGAAGCCGAACUGGCCGGUCUACGGAGUGAAGUGUUUAGAAACAAGGAAAAAUAUGACGAUCUGCUGAAAAUCAAACUGACUCUGGAAGCAGAGAUUGCCGAGUACAGGCGCUUACUCAAUGGUGAUAUGAGUGUGAAACCAGCUAGCCCUCCAAAAUCUCCGACUACUCCCACUGAGAUCACAACGAGGAAGGUUGUCAAAGUCAUCACAACAACUCUGGUUGACGGCAAGGUUGUGGAUGAAUCGAGUAAGGUGGAAGAAAUCAGCGAACAGACGCAGAGACUGGAAUGAGUAUUCGCUGCUGUACCCAUGGGGGUGUUUUGAAAUGUUACACGUCAACAAGAGUCUAUGUAAUGGGAUAUAAUGGUGUUUAUAAUGGUGUCUGAAGCAAUGAACUGCAAACAUAAACAUGUAUAAACAUUUUCUCUUCUACCUACUCUGCAAUGGCUUAUCUUUUAAUAAAUA